AUGACAGCGGGGAUCGAAGAAGCUUUAAAACGUGGGUUGAGCUCUGACAGACAGGCCAUGAUGAUCGGGGAAAUUGUGGUGGUGGGAAAGCCGGCGAGGGAUUGGCGGCGGGGGGAGGGAAAGAGAGCAAUCCCUGAGAGCAAAGAGCACUGUGCGGCUGGGGAAUUGAUUGGCAUGGAAGCUGUCGCAAUUGCCUGCCCAAAGACCAAUCUCGCACGGGGCAGAUCGGUGGACGGGCUGAGAGGGAUCAUCUGUACUACCAUCGCCUCACUCGUGGCUACAGAGACAAUGGUAACUGACAAAAUGCCAGGCACAUUGCCAACCCAACCGGCUAAUGCGGACUGGCAGGAGGUGCUCGAGGGAAGUGGGAUUCCAACCCUGUCUGGUGAACAAGGGUCUUGUGCCAUCGGUGCCAAUCAGUGUGCCGGGCGGCAAGUGGGUGGUGGUGAGCUCGUCGAGAGUCAAAUGCGAUGCGGGGGAUUCAGUCGCAAGUGGCAGUCCAGCACCUACAGUAAGCGGGAAACCCGCAGCCAACCGGGCUGCAGUGGGUCGGGCCUGAAGUGCCCCGUGCAACCAGUGCCAACCAGUGGUAUCCCUCUGCCAAGAUGUGACCAGAUGCCGCUAACCUCGCGAUUCAGGCCAAGACCCUACUUGACUGGAUGUGGUUGGCUGCAAGGCCAUGACUCGGUCCUGGACCGUCCCAUGAUCCAUGGUCCGCACGAAGAUCUGACAGCGGGACUAAGAGUGGAGAGCAAUCAUCAACUGGGCACUAAGAAUUUAACUUUGGCUGCCUCUGCAACCAACGCUUCCCAGAGUGUACUUUCCGCUGCUCGCCAAUUUACGUGCGCAAUUUACUGCAUCGCAAGCGCAGGAACUUGCGAACAGCGCCAAUUCUCUGGCUGGUGUGCUUCCCCGAUGCAGAUCACUGCAUGGUCCCAAAGCCAACCCAACCCCGGCAAGUCAGGUGCUUGCAGCGUGCCUGGCAUGCAGUCUGUGCAGUUAUCACACCGAGUCACCUGGGCUACGUCUCUCUCUUUCUCAGUUGGGUUAGUAUGUCCACUCACCGCGCUUUUCGUGUCGUCGGCAAAUUAUGGUCAUUUCAUCGAAUAUCUCCGAGAAGCAGUUAUACACCGUUAA